AUGGUGAGCGUGCUCUUCGUGUGUCUGGGCAACAUCUGCCGCAGCCCAGCGGCCGAGGCCGUGUUGAAGAGCAUUGUCGCUCGAAGCGAAGCCGCCGGGGCACCUUCGAUCCACAUCGACUCGUGUGGUACCGGCGGCGGCGCCUCCGACUGGUACCUCGAAGGCGGUACGUCGUACCACGAAGGCGACGCAGCAGACUCGCGCAUGAUCCGCGCGGCGCACAAGCGCAGCUACGCGAUGACGUCGCGCUCGCGGCCGCUGACGAGACGGGACAUUGACGACGCGGACUACAUCGUCUGCAUGGACGAGCGCAACGAGGCGGCUGUGCUCGAGGCCGCGGAGGCCUGGGGCGGCGCGCCGUGUCGGCGUCUCGCGGCGUCGAAGCUCUCACUGAUGACGCGCUACUGCACGGCGUUUGAGGGUGUCGCGUGUGUUCCCGAUCCGUGGUACACUGGCGGCUUUGACCACGUGUUGGAUCUGCUGGAAGACGCGUGCGGCGGAUUGUACACUGCCAUUGUGGCGAAGGGGGAGAAGUGA